UUGGUAACCGGUUGAAAAAAGAUCCAUGUCUGAAAGUGUAUAAUUGUUUCAGUUUGCCCCAAACUCAAGUCUUUGUCAAGCUGAAUGUUUGAGCUCAGUAUCGUGUUCAUAAAUCGAUUUGCAUAGGAAUCUCAGACCCAGAGCAAAUUAUGCAGCAAGAAGACCAGGUUGUUGAAGAAGAGGUUGUGAAUGAAGAUGACGAAGAGGAAUCACUAUUCCAGGACAUAGAUCUACUGCAGAAUCAUGGAAUUAAUGUAGCUGACAUAAAGAAACUGAAGCAAGUGGGAAUAUGCACCAUAAAGGGAAUCCAAAUGACCACCAAGAAAAAACUUUGUGCUGUUAAAGGAAUUUCUGAAGCAAAAAUGGAAAAAAUCAAAGAAGCUGCAAAUAAGCUCUGUGAUCCAGGUUUUUUGACUGCUUUAGAGUAUUCUGAUAAAAGAAAAGCUGUCUUCAGAAUAACCACAGGAAGCACAGAAUUAGAUAAACUUUGUGGAGGAGGAUUAGAAAGCAUGGCAAUAACUGAAGCCUUUGGUGAAUUCAGAACAGGGAAAACACAGCUGUCUCAUACAAUGUGUGUAACAGCACAGCUUCCUGGAGCCAAUGGGUAUACUGGUGGUAAAGUGGUUCUUAUUGAUACAGAAAAUACCUUUCGUCCUGACAGACUGAGAACCAUUGCAGACAGAUUUAACCUCGAUCAGAGCGCUGUGUUAGAUAAUGUUAUUUAUGCCAGAGCUUAUACAAGUGAACAUCAGCAUGAAUUAUUAGAUUUUGUAGCUGCUAAAUUUUAUGAAGAACCUGGUGUUUUUAAACUUUUGAUAGUAGAUUCCAUAAUGGCUUUGUUCCGAGUUGACUUUAGUGGCAGAGGUGAACUAGCAGACAGACAACAGAAGCUAGCCCAAAUGUUAUCAAGACUUCAGAAAAUCUCAGAAGAGUAUAAUGUGGCAGUAUUUAUAACCAAUCAGAUGACAGCUGAUCCAGGAGCAGCAUUAUCUUUUCAAGUUGAUCCAAAGAAACCUAUUGGUGGAAAUAUUUUAGCACAUGCUUCAACCACUAGAAUAAGUUUACGUAAAGGAAGAGGGGAAACUAGAGUUGCUAAAAUAUAUGACAGUCCUGAUUUACCAGAAAAUGAAGCUACCUUUGCCAUUACUGCUGGAGGAAUCAAUGAUGCAAAGGAAUAAAGAUCUGUUUUAAUGUGAAAGCAUGAUGGAAAUUUUUAUAUGAACAAUCAAAUAACUAUUACAAGUUUCUGUGAUUGAUAAUAUUUGUGUAUUUAUGGUAUUGUAAAAAAAAAUAAAAUUAAUGUUGGAAGUAGUAGGAGUAUACAAUGAAACUUUGAGAAUCUAAAACAUUUGCUCUACAUAGUUGUUGUGUUUGAUUUACAUGAGUACAAAGUAAUAAAAGUUAACUGUGGUAAAUAUUUAAUCACAUAACUUGUGACAUAAGUUCUUUCGUGAGAUGUGUGUUUAAUACAAACUUUCUCCUCUUGAUUUGAAAUGUUAAUUACUAUAGAUUUGUCAUUUUAUAUUUUAAUUGUAUUGUUGGCUAAAGCUAUCUGUCUCAUUGACAUUUAUCACACAUCACUUUUCAUACUCUGAUGAUAUAUGAAAAUAAAUCUAUUACUAACUGCAUUUUGAUACAAAUUAUGAAUAAUGGUAUAUUUCAAUAUGUAUUAAAAAACUGCAAUUCUUUUCUUUUGAAAGGUUUAGCAUAAGUCUUGCACAAAUCAAUAUUAAAACUUUAUUACCAGUGUACCCCUUUUUGUAACAGCCAAGUGUAUAUAGUGUUAGGUGUGACUGAAUGCUGGUCCAUUGAUUUGCCUCUACUCUUCUUUGAAACUGGUUAAUAGAUUUCCAUGCAACAUUCACAGAUUUUUCAGCAUAUAAUAACAUUAUGCCUGUCUUGUUUUCAUGAAAAUGGAUGUGAGGGGUUAAGAAGGAACUUCCAAAAUCCCCCCUCCAUCAUACUCUCAACAGAUUAGCAUACAUCAAAUGGACUUACGUCUAUAAAUGACUAGCAUACUUCAAAUGGACUUACGUCUAUAAAUGACUUAUCUAUAAAAAUAAAACUUCCAUUUUUACUCUCCCACAUUCAUUUUAAUGGAAAAGCCCUCAUCAUACUGGUAAUAAAAUUUUGGGAUUCUUAAAAUUCACUUUUCCACGUAAAAAGAAUUAUUUCAGCAUCUUUUUCUUUUCCAUUUUCUUUUUAAUCAAGAAUCAUCUUUAUACCAUUUACUAGUGAUGUAUGUCAGAGGAGCGAGUAUGUAUUUUUUGUCGGUGAGUGGUGUAAAUAUUCUGAAAACUUUGCUUUGUCAUAUAACCUUUCUAUCUUUCAAUCUAUUUUAUGAAUGAGUGUAUAUUCUAAUUAUUGUAUAUUAUGAUUGCUAUUGCUGAGCACUAUAACAAUUGUUUGUGUGAAUACUGAAACUGUGUGUGUUUUUUAUAUAGACAAAGCGUCAUCAAUAUCUGUGAUAGAAAAAUGUUGAGCCUUGUAAAUAAGUUGACUUGUUGUAUGGCCUAAAUUAUUCUAGAUUUUUAUUGUUGAAAAAAUACUGAUCCAUGAAUGUGAUAUUGUUCUGUUUCUGUUAUAUAUUUUGAUACUGUUAUUUAUAUCUUGCAAUAUUUGUUGAUC